CCUCUCCCACGGUCUCACCUCCCCCCGCACGAGCGAUCGAAUCGAACCCUAGAUGGCCCCCCGCCGCCGACGGCGAUCCCACUGCCUCCGUCUCCUCCGCCUCCACCCCCUCCCCUUCCCCUACACCCUGCUCCUAUCCCUAAGAUCGAGUUGCUACGCUUCCCAAUUGCUCCGCCGGCCAUGGCCUCCCACCUCCGCCUCCACCAUCACCAGCACCUCCACCGCCUCCACCUCCCGUAGUCCCGUCUCCGGCGUCCUCUCUGCAUCCCCGCGUUCUCUACUCCGCCACGGCCCCCGACGGGGGUUGGUGGCGCAGAGAUGUACUCAGACGGUGAGGGUGAGGUGGACACAGGGACUCUGAUGGGGGCCCCUCGUGGGUGAGGGUGAUGCUGGUGGAGCGGGAGGCCUCGUCGACGAUCUCGAUUCGUCCACUCCAGCUGCUACAUCUCCUCACCAUGUUGCUCGCUGAAUCGGCUCCCUCAUGGAACCAAGUCGAGGAUGUGCUACCUAUGGUUGUCAUCAUGGUCCGUAGUACCGGACUGCAGCAUGUUCUACGGCUGAUGCAUGGGCGUGUGGCUGCCCCCGCACGAGAGCUGCUGGAUGGAGCUCCUCAACGGUGCGACGAGGAGGGGAGAGGUGGAGGGAGCAGACGACGGCCGUCGUCUGCGCGGCCGACACUGACACCAGGAGAUGACUUUGUCGUAGAUGACGUGCGAAAAGGGGAUGGUGUCCACAUUGAAUCACAGAGAGUUCAUGAGGAUUUGUUGCUAGCAUCUAGAGUUGGAUGCCCUCAGGAAGACUACCCACUGAAAUUAUUCAUAUAUGGUCAUGGCUGCAGCAUAACCAUCAGUUGAAGUAGAUAAUCUGCAAGGCUAUUUACCAUCAUCCAGGUUUAUUCAACAUUCAGGUUUGUAGUAAUUUAUUCAACAUCCGGGUUUGUAGUUUCAGUUGCAUACAGGAAUAAACAUCUGCCAUUUCUGAAUAUGUUGCAGAUGAUUUCCCAGCUUUAAGUAUAUACGAAACAUACAUUAUAUUCAGUUUCACUUGUUAUCUCCACAUGGUAAUUAAUUUGGAUAGAACCACAUAAAGUAAAUCUCAUCCAACGACGGUUUUUGUCAUGUGGUUAAAUAAUAAUAAUAAUAAUAAUAAUAAUAAUAAUAAUAAUAAUAAUAAUAAUAAUAAUAAUAAUAAUAAUAAUAAUAAUAAUAAUAAGUGGUUUCUACAGCUGGCCCAAUAAUGACCCCCACUUUAACCGACAUGAUGUCAAGCUCAAGGCUAUGAGUGACCAUCCAUAUAGUUCAUCGAGUCAUUUUCAGAUCACUAGCCCUAAUGGUGUCAAGAAAACAUGGCGGCCUUUUGGCACUUCUCUUGUAGCGAAAAUCUGACACAUGAGCAUAUCCGCGAUGCAAGGAGCUUCUGUGGUGGAUCGAAGGAGGCAUCAGGGAGAGGAAGAUAAGGAAUAGGUAUCGAUCUUUUGUUGACACAAUGGUCAUUGGUGGCGGGAACAUGAAGACCAUGGUGACUGGCUUAGUAUAGGGACUGUUCGUGAAUUUGACUUUGAGGUUGGAUAUUGAUCCCUUUUCAUAGGUUUCAUGAUUGUGAAAUGCCUAACUGACACUUUAAUUAAUUCAUUGCCUUCAGUUCAUGUAGCAUGCUGGUAACAUAAUUUGGUCCA